CGCGUGUUUGGUAAUGAUAUCGAAGAAAGAUAUAUUGUGGAGUAACAUUUAGGAUAAAAAUGAUUAUCACAUUUAAAAUUAUGUGAAACUUGUUUAAUGUACUUAUUUUAAGUCAUACCACAUGAACAGUCUUUAUUUAGUCACAACGUGAUCCUCUGACCUCUAAACAAUAUGGAUAGUGCAAGUUUAAGAUCAGAUGAGUCCUACACACCUAUAGACAGACAAAGAGCUACCACAAAGGCUCGUUAUGGGCGGGAGUCCACAGUUACACCCUCGUCAGAUGCAGAGUCAGUGUCAUGCCUGACCCCCAGUACAUUAGGAGCGGGGCGGGGCACUCUGCCGUGUGAUGUGUGUGAGAUCGAGGCUAACCACGCCUCCCGCUACUGCCCCCACUGCUGUCAGAAGAUGUGUGGCCUCUGUGAGGAAAUGCAUGCCAGGUUUGGUGGAACAUUGCGCCACACCACUGUACAAUGUAUGUCAAAGUCCAAACAUGUGGAUGAAGAUUUGUUACAAAUCUUUAGAGAGAGAUAUGGUCUGAAUUUCUGUCAAGCUGUAGACCUUAUAAAAACCGAGCUUGGCCUUCAGGUGUGUGCAAACUAUAUAAGUUCAAGUGUAACACUGCUUGCUGAUGACGACCAGGUGCUGGACCUUGUAUGUGACACUGUAAAACAACUGGGGAAUGACACAAUUAAUCAGAGUAAGGACAUAACCAAACGGGUGAAGCAGGGAAAGAUAGAGUGGACAAUUUGUGGUGAGUCUGCCAUCAUAACAUUAAAAUUGUUUGUUGAUAAAAUGACUUUAUUCUCCGAACAUCAUUCAGUUGUUGUAACAGUGUUCAGUAAUGGCACUCGGACAUCAUGGACUAAAUUUGUUGAGGCCAGUUCAGACAGAUGUUCAAGUCAGUCUGGGAGAAUUUCCAGACAAGCUGAUCAGUAUCUCAGGCAAGCACAGAAAAAACAUUUGUUUGACAGCAUGUCUGAUCUAAGAGACAUUGAUACCAAAAUAACUGUGACUUGUGACCCUGAGGCUUACACUGAGGUUGACUAUGGCCUCAGGGAUAUUGUUGAUGCUCUGCAUACAGUGGCGAUGGAGGAAGUGGCCAGACCGGACAGCGAUGUGUUCCGACUGAGGGUGUAUGCCUUGCUGAAGGAGACUGACAGUAAUGUCUUAUGCCUGGUGAAACAAACAGACUCUGGAUACAAGCUUGGCAUUCGAGCCAAGGACAAAGACACAGUUCAAGCCACAAAACAGGAGUUCCUCAGCAUAUUCUGUAAAGAAUGUUCCCACUGUCAGCGUGAGUGUUCGAGCCCUGUGUACCUUGCCUGUAAGCAUGUGCUGUGUUCAGGAUGUGUGGACCCCUCUCUCACCACCACUGCACAGUGCCCACUGUGUGCUGACCAGCUAAGGGAGAAAACUCCAAUCAUCUCUCUACAGGUUCAAGCAUUCCAAGCCCUGGAUCGGACACUAGACCGGCCACUGCACCAGCCACUGGACAAGACAUAUUUAGGGAAUAGAGCAAGGACAACAAAGUCAUCGUAUACAGCUCAAACACAAGUCUCAUUGCAGAGGAAAGAGAGCAGCCUAGGAAAGCCACAGAUGAGCACAAAGAUCCCCAAGUUUUUGCUAAAUAAGUGGAAGCGGGUGACAGGUGGUCUGGGAAGGCUGCGGGCUCUGCUGGAGCAAAACUUUGGGCUCCGUGUAGGUGGGACGGGGGACAGGCUUGCCAUAUAUGGGCAUCAACAGGAGAUCCUUGACCUCGCUGUACACACGCUGGAACAUCUGAAUGAGUCUGUGCCCAAGACAGGGAUAAGUAUACAGCUAAGAGAUGGUAACGUAGAGUGGCGAUUACGUGGAGAAACUGCUCAUAUUGCAUAUUUUUUGUUCAAAGAGACGAUCACAAAUAUCAGGCAGACAUUCAAAACUGUGAAGAUUCAAGCCUUUACCGAGACCUCACCUCCUAUUGUAGAUGUAAUAUGUGGAUACCAAGAAUACUUAAAAGUCAAAUUUGAAUUAGAAGAGCUUGAAAAUGACAUCAGAAACCUUUACGUUGAUGAGUAUAUACAACCAAAGAACUUCUAUUACAACGUCAAAGUGCAAGAAUUUCUUCUCAGCAAGAGACGUGACCCAAAGGUUUUCUGUACUCUUGUAUUGAAAAACAACCUAAAUGUGAUGAUAUUCAAAGGAUGUAGCAAAGAAUACGUACAAGAAGCUAAAGAUCAACUGUCUAAUUGGUGAUUUACGUCAGCGGCAGUUUGUUGGAGAGGAGUGUAUGUACGACUUCUGCGAAGAAAUUUACAUAACUUUGACAAUUUUCUUAUACAUUUUAGCAGUUUUAUUUGGGAUUAUCCUUCCUUGCCACGUAUAUGAGAUGUCACAAGGACGUUCCUAAUAACCCCGAAGAAGAAGAAACAAAAUGAGUAUAUGUACGACUCGCGCGAAGAAAUUUAUAUAACUUUGACCAGUUUCAUAUACAUUUUUUAGCAGUUUUAUUUGGGAUUAUCCUACCUUACCAACGUUCAUGAGCUAUCACAAGGAUGUUCCUAAAAUCCCCAAAAGGACAUUAAACCACGGUCCAAUGAUGACAUUGUGUAAUAUUGUAUUGAUGAAGACUAUCGGUCUGUUUUGUGUGCCAAUUUUAAUUGUUACUGCACAACACUUUAAUACUGCUAUUAAACUAUAAAUGUUUUGUCCAUACAAACUACUGAACUCGUGUUUCACUGACGGUUCCGAGGCAGUAAUCCCAUCAUAUAUCAUUAAAUUUAUCUUGAUGCAUAUGCUGUUUGUCUAUGGAGUUUGUAUUUGUGUUAGUGGUUAUUCUGUUGUGUCUCUCUAGUUUAUUUAGUUCAUUUGGGCUCUUGUCUUGUGCCUCUAAACAGAAUUUAUUUUUUAUUUCUUUAUUUCUGGGCUUGUCCCUGUAGUUUUCAUUGUAUUAAUGAUUUAUUGGGUUUAUUUUCAUUUUUUGUAUGCUGCAGAUACUGAUUAUUGCUAUAUCCGGUAUUUUUUUUCCACAUGAAACACGAGUUACAAAUUUGUAAACAUUUGUCUACCAAACAUAGGCAGUUUAUAUCAAGUAGCAGUUCACCAUAGUUUGUUUUUAUUUCUAAUCACUUUAUCAGAGCCUCAUUUAUAGUAGAUUUCAAACUUAAAAAUGCU